AUAGCGUCUUCGCAUUACGAGUAGUAAAAUUUGCCUUGGCCGCACAACUUCUCUGUUUUGGAUAUGCUGCUGCGGUCGGAGAGCUCAGUAACAGACAUGGCAAGAGACUCAGAUUAUGGAGCUUUCAUGGAGAAGUUCCUGCUCCAACCAAGCUCUUCAGCAGAUAGGCUUCCCUUGAAUGCCCUCACCUUUGCUGUUAAAGACAUAUUUGAUGUGGAUGGAUACGUGACUGGAUUUGGAAAUCCUGACUGGUUGAGGACUCAUUCGGCUGCCACAUCAACAGCCCCGUCCGUUUUGGCCGUCUUAAGUCAAGGUGCCACCUGUGUUGGUAAAACUGUCAUGGAUGAAAUGGCAUACAGUAUAAAUGGAGAAAACAUACAUUAUGGCACACCUAGAAAUCCAUGUGUGCCUGAUCGGGUACCUGGAGGAUCUUCCAGUGGAUCUGCUGUUGCAGUAGGUGCAAAGCUUGUAGAUUUCGCCUUAGGAUCUGACACUGGAGGAAGUGUAAGAGUACCUGCCUCAUAUUGUGGAAUUCUUGGGUUUCGGCCUUCACAUGAUGCCAUUUCUACUGUUGGAGUUAUUCCUAUGGCUCAAAGUUUUGAUACCGUGGGAUGGUUUGCUAGGGACCCUGUGAUUUUGAACAGAGUUGGACGAGCACUACUGCAUUUACCUGAUGUUGGUCCUGUAAGUCCCACUCAGAUAAUUAUUGCGGAAGAUUGUUUCCAGCUUUCAACCAUUCCAACGGAUCGAAUUACUCAACCCCUUGUUAAAUCAGUGGAAAAGUUAUUUGGGGGUCAUCUUGUAAAGCAUGCAGUCCUUGGGGACUAUGUCAAGGACAAAGUUCCAAGUUUGAAACCAUUCACGAGUAAAGGGAAUGCAGAUCAAGAUUAUAAUAUACCAUCUUUAGCAGCACUUUCAAGUGCCAUGCGCUUGCUUCAAAGGCAUGAAUUCAAGAUUAACCAUGGUGAAUGGGUCAGUACUGUCAAACCUGAUCUGGGUCCUGGGAUAGCAGAACGGGUACGGGAGGCCCUUAUGACAACAGAUGACAACAUGGAUAUCUGUCACUCUGUGAAGACGGAAUUACGCACUGCUCUUACUGCUCUUCUUGGGGAUUUUGGUGUCUUAGCAGUUCCUACAGUUCCAGGGCCUCCACCAAAAUUACUAACAGAAUCAACUUCAUUGGAAACUUUUCGUGCCCGAGCUUUUAGCUUGCUGUCGAUUGCGGGAGUAUCUGGAUUCUGCCAGGUGAGCAUACCACUGGGGCUGUAUGAUAAUCUUCCUGUGGCAAUUUCGCUGUUGGCAAAACAUGGCUCGGAUGGAUUCCUGUUAAAUCUUGUCGAGACUCUUUAUGACACUCUUAAAGAAGAGGUUGUCAUUGCUGAGAGAGAGUUAUUGAACUCUGUCUCAUCCAAAUAUUUUAUACUGAAUGGAUUAACUUCAGAGGCCAGGACUUUCGCUGAUUCUACCUCAAGUUUGAGAUGAUCAAAGAAUGUUGCAUGCGGAUACAAUUGCAGUUGCAGAUUGAAGAUUUGGAACAAUAACUUAUCCAGGCCUAUUGAUUUAGUGUUGGAGAUGAUACUGUAUAAUGUGGACAAAGAUAGUAGCCAUUGAAUAUGAUGGUUAGCAUAAUCACAACUUAGCAUAUGGUUGAAAACCUACUCAUGAUUAUCUAAACAUAGAGAUCUCACAUUUUAGUUCAUGAAGGGAACCUGCAAUAUCUGCCAUGCUUCAUUCUAGCAUGAACUUUCUCUUCAGAUCUAUUUUGGAGAAAAUUCAGGUGGGUCAAAGAGGGAAAUUAUGAAUCAUUUUAUUCCAUCUCCCUGCUCUUUUCUCUUCUCAUUUAUUAACCAAACAAUGGAACAGAAGAAAACUACUCAAUUUUUA